AGUCACGGGCGCGCGCGCGGACGGCCGGGCGGCGGCAGCUCCCGGAGGCGGUGGCUUCACUUUCCUGGACUCAGGGGCGACCACAGCAACAGCCGCGGGCAGCAGCCUCGGGACCCGGAGCUGGAACGGCCGGGGCGGCGGCGGCGGCGCCGAGGGAUCUAAAAUGUCCACUGAGGCACAAAGAGUUGAUGACAGUCCAAGCACUAGUGGAGGAAGUUCUGAUGGAGACCAACGUGAAAGUGUCCAGCAAGAACCAGAAAGAGAACAAGUUCAGCCCAAGAAAAAGGAGGGAAAAAUAUCCAGCAAAACAGCUGCUAAAUUGUCAACUAGUGCUAAGAGAAUUCAGAAGGAACUUGCAGAAAUUACAUUGGACCCACCUCCCAACUGUAGAUACCGGAAUCCUCGGAGUAGAAGGAUACAGAGUGUGUCAUAUCACCUGUGCCAGAAAAUACUGCCAGACUCAGAGGCACCCUCCCCCAGUGCUGGACCCAAAGGAGACAACAUUUAUGAAUGGAGGUCAACUAUAUUGGGACCCCCAGGAUCUGUCUAUGAAGGAGGGGUGUUCUUUCUUGACAUUACCUUUUCACCAGACUAUCCGUUUAAACCCCCUAAGGUUACCUUCCGAACAAGAAUCUAUCACUGUAAUAUUAACAGCCAAGGCGUGAUCUGUCUGGACAUACUGAAGGACAACUGGAGUCCAGCCCUCACCAUCUCAAAAGUUCUCCUCUCCAUCUGCUCACUUCUUACAGACUGCAAUCCUGCUGACCCGCUGGUGGGCAGCAUCGCCACACAGUACAUGACCAACAGGGCGGAGCACGACCGGAUGGCCAGACAGUGGACCAAGCGGUACGCCACAUAGGGCCCGGCCCGUGGGCAUGCUCACCAAGUGCAUCGGGGCCCUGGACCUCGGCUCUGGUUGUCUUAUUUUUAUUACAUUUUGAACCGUUUUGUGAUGGAAUGUCAUCCAUCCCCCCACCCUGUUCCUUUGCUCUCCCUUCCCAACCCUUCACGUUUUACCCCCUUUUUAAUUUCUAUUAACUUGAAAGAUUUGGUUAUGUUUCCCCCCCCACCCAGCGGGCAUGGGAACUUUCGUUUUCAGUGCAGACGAUGUUGGAUCUGUAAUAAGAGCUUUCUUACAAAGCUUUGUAUUACCGUGUGGUUUUUGGUUUGGGCUGUUUAUUUUAUUUUGAUUUCUUUUCUCCUUUUAUGUGAUCUUCGGGAAAACACAAAUUCAGAGUUAUAUCUCGUUUCUACUUCAAUGUAGUGCUUAGGGUUAAUUUUUUGUACUGAAGUCUUUAUUGUCGGGCGCAUGCUCCUGGGAACAAGAUUUUGUACAAAAGCUUCAAUCAGAAUCACUGUGCGUUACUGAGACUCUGUUUAUCACUAGCCUUCUGUGCCCACUCAGAAGACUGUUGGAAUGAACAAAAUAAUAAUGUAUUUUGAUUUACUUAAAGUGCUUGUAAAUUUCUUAGGGACCUGCCACUUUUGACUGUGGAUCAGUUGAUGUACACUUGUAUUAUUAAAGCACUCAAUAAAUCACUGUGGCUGAUAACCUC